AAAAAGCAACAUAGGGAUCCCCUGGUGAUUCACAGAGAAGGUGGAGGAAGUAGAACUAGGAGGUGAUGUCCACCAGAAGUCAGCUUUGCUGAAAAAGUGAAGCGGGAAACACCUGGAGGCACCUGAAGGCAAACCAUCUCAAGCACGAAGGAAAUAAAAGCAUAAUGGAUGAUAAAGUGGAUGGAAACUGUAAAGCUGCUGAAACAGGAGGUCUUGAACAGCUCCUCAUUUUAGAGGAGGGUGAUGACAUUGACAGCAUCAUGUGCAAUAUUAAAAAAGACAAGUGCGAAGAAGAGACUGCUGUGGUAACUGAAGAAAGCGAUCGCUCUAGUAAUAUCAAAGAAGAAAACAUACUGUCCACAGAGGGAGAACAACAAGAAGAAGAAGAAACAGGCAUGUCUGAAGACAGGACUGUGAAGCAGACAGAAAUGCACAAGGAGGAGAGCGGAGGUGAGGCAGACGAGAGGAUACAGAGGAAGACGGAGAGGAAAGACACUGAGGCUGACACGGAGGUAAAGAAGCACGAUAAUGCCAUGGUGAUGGCGGGCACGGAGGAGAAUGUGGCAAGCGUGGUGGCAGAGACUGUGGGCGAAGGCAAGGAGACAGCGUCACACAACGUGCCACGUCCAGAGGAGCCGGGGACGGACGAAGAAGAAAAGACAGACAUCAAAAGCACAGAAGUCGUGUUAAGACCAAAGACACAGCUCCAUGUAGAUAUGCCAACAACAUCAAAAGACUUUCUAAGCCCCAAUGAUGCACAGAAAAAGGUCAACAGGCUGAGCUCUGAUUUCCCAGACGCCCUCUAUGAGUUUCUGCAGAAGGUCCAGGAGGGACGGCGCAUUAAUGACCAGCGCUGCUCCUUCAGGCUGGAGGGCCAGAGGCGGCGCUGCUAUUCUGAGCCCAGCACCCCUCGUCUCAGCACGAGCAAAGCGGUCAUGUUUUCGUCCAUGACAUCGCUUCAGAGGGAGGAGUUCUUCGAGUUGGUGGCCACGUCGCAGGCUCGUCGCCUGGACGACCAGAGGGCCGAGGCCGAGAGCAUCCAGCCGCUGCCCCCUAAGCCCCAGGCACCCCCAGCCCCAGCCUCACCGCCCCAGCCACCCAAACCCGAUAGGAAGCUGAGCAUCAAGGCCAGCAUAAAGAAGACAGCAGCCGCCCCAGCACCGCGUCCAAAAGAAGAGCUGUACAACAUGAUCCUCUCUUCCCAAGCUCAAGGUCGGCUGGAGGAGCAGAGGAGCAGAGCUCCAGGUCCCAUGGAUGAUGAGGACUUCUUCUCUCUGCUGCUGAAGGUCCAGGGUGGUCGGAUGGACGAGCAGAGGACCGAGCUUCCUCUUGGAGGCAAAGACUAAAAAAAGAAGUAGGCCUGAAUGGGUCCAACUGUCACAUACGCAGAGCCAGCCAGCCAGACUUGCAGAACAAUACCACAUGUGGAAUGGAAUAAUGUCUAAAUAUGAGCGGAAUUCAAACAC